AUGCCAGGUGCCUUCAUCGGGACAGAUAUUGUGCAUAACAGUAUCUCCGCCGCAGAGGCCUACCGGAAGUUCCCUGGCUUUGCACGGAAGGUGUUUCCGACCUCGGGUAUCCCGCUGGGUAGAUGGCCCUGGCUGAGAGUCGUCAUAGGCCUUUACAACGAUAGCCUGUACGACGCAGACGCGCUGGAUCAAACGAUUCGGACUGUUUGCGGGCCAACUCGUCGGGUAUUUGACGCAGGGACGACAUCGGCCGGGGGCCGUCGUCUCGCAAUUGUUGUUAGCCGGACAUCCGACGGCAAGCCUGUGGUCUUCCCCAACUAUCAUGGUGUGGGGCGGAUGGGUAUCGAUUCAGGAUAUCAGGUCAUGAUGCGUCAAAAUGGGACUCAGAAUCCCUUAUUGUCGGACGUGUGA